AUGGUAGAGGAUUAUCAAACAAAUAACAAUAUUGUGGAAUCAGACUUGACUAAUAUGUUGUUGAAGGACUUGAAUGAACUCUUAAACGUGCACGGUAAAAAAAUUAAAGAUUAUGAUCUACCAUCUUUACCCCAUAAUACAAUAGACGGAGAUGCAAUUCCAAGUCUCAUACAAGAGGAUUUAGCGGUCGAUAUCCCCAAUGAAGAUAUUGAAUUUGUUGCUAAGUUAAAUAAUGAUCAAAUGAUUGCAUUCAAAACCAUUAUGAAUGUAAUUGUUCAAAAACACAGUGGGAUAUUUUUUAUUGAUGGUCCAGGAGGAACAGGAACUGCAUCAUCUGGUAUAGCUGCAACAUUGUUUCCCGGUGGUAGGACUGCACACUCUCGAUUUAAGAUACGUAUUGAUAUACAACCGAGUUCCAUUUGUGGUAUUCAAAAGCAAAAAGAUCUUGCAAAUCUCAUUAGAGUUGUUGCCGCAAUAAUUUGGGAUGAAGCACCAAUGACAAACAAAAAUUGUUUGGAAGCCUUAGAUCGAUCAUUACAAGAUAUUUGUAGCAAUAGUGCUUCAUUUAGUGGAAAAGUUCUGAUCAUGGGGGGAUAUUUUCGUCAAGUUCUUCCUGUUGUAAGAAAAGGUACUAAGGCACAAAUGAUUUCAGCGUGUAUUGUUCAGUCUCAUUUAUGGGAUCAUACAAAGAUUUUGUGUUUGCGUCAAAAUAUGCGAUCAUUCCAUGAUCAAAAGUUUGCAGAAUUUCUUAUUCGCAUUGGUGAUGGUGUUGAACCUACCAAACUAGAUGACAUGGUGAGGUUACCUUCACAGAUUGCAAUCCAAUGGGAAGGUGAACAUUCCAUACAAGUACUUAUCCAACAUAUUUUUCCUAAUUUAGAAUUGCAUGGUUGGGAUGCCCCAUAUAUGGUACAAAGAGCUAUUUUGACACCAACAAAUGAUGAUGUCCAGAAAUUGAAUGAUAUGAUCAUCGACCAGUUUCCAGGAGAAGAACAUAAUUUGUUGUCGUUUGACGAGGUUGAAGGGGAUAAUCAUAAUUUAUACCAGUAUGAAUUCUUAAACUCAAUUGCACAAUGUAGUUUGCCACCACAUAUUCUAAAGAUAAAAAAGGAUGCACCAUUGAUGUUAUUACGAAAUCUAGAUUCUAGAUAUGGAUUGUGUAAUAGGGACGCGGUUAUUAUGUCGUGGUUUAUUUAUGAAUAUGUUGGAUAUGGAAAUCUUGAUAGGAAAUAA